AGAUGAUGGCAGUAUGAUCAAGCGGUGGAGAAGGGGUGUUACCGUACACGUGAGCAGCAGAGGAUCAGGGAUUGGUUUCCACUGUCGAAAAGAGCCGAGAGGAGGAACAAUCUGGUCCCUGUGAGUGACCCUUUCCAAAGAUAGAAUUUCUCCACCAAAAGCAGCGGCGGAGUUUUCCUUUUCUUCUCUUCCAGAAAUAACGAAAAACUACAAAAUUCAGCAGAAAUCUCCUGAGCCAGUCACCGUGAAGCAGAUGCAAUCCACAACUGGUGGUGCUACUGGCAGUCGUAGCAGCGGCGGCGGACUUGCUCGCUUCCGCUCUGCUCCGGCUGCUUGGUUGGAAGCGCUUUUGGAGGACGAGGAGGAGGACCUACUCAGGCCUAAUCAGUGCUUGACUCAGCUUCUCGCUGGAAACUCCUCCGACCUAGACUCCCCUGCGGAUCAGGCCUUGUUCGAGCCCAAUCCCUCCGCUGGUUUCCAGAGGCAAAAUAGCUCUCCGGCUGAGUUUCUCGGCGCCUCCGGAAUCGGGGAAGGAUUUUACUCUUCCUAUGCUAUCAAUUCCUCGGCCGCACUCGAGAUCUCUCCCACUUCCAAGCGGGGGAGAGAAGUCGACGCGCAGAACUUCCCGCCCAAAUUUUCACCGCAACUGAAAAGGGAAGGAAGUGGAGUAUCGAGUUUGAUAGACAUGGAAAUGGAGAAGUUAUUGGAGGACUCCGUGCCCUGCCGUGUGAGGGCCAAGCGUGGCUGUGCGACGCAUCCUCGGAGCAUUGCUGAGAGGGUUCGUAGGACUAGAAUUAGUGACAGAAUAAGGAAGCUUCAGGAGGUUGUCCCCAACAUGGAUAAGCAAACAAACACUGCGGAUAUGUUGGAAGAAGCAGUAGAGUAUGUCAAAUUCCUUCAAAAGCAGAUUCAGGAACUCACCGAGCAUCAGCGCAGGUGCACAUGCACGGUUAAGGAAUAAUGGCACGGAGGAAAACGCUACAACAGCCUGCAGAAAUCGCCUUUCCACGAUCAGUGUAAAUUAGUAGAUUUCUGAGGACUUGAAAAGUAGUAUAAAGUAAAUUAAAGUGUUUUAGCUAUAAUAUUGUAUUGUCUCUGGUCCUAAAGAAAAUAUCAACCUUGUAAUGCAUGCAUUCAAUAUAUUGCAUUCGUACGCAAUAAGCAGGUGUAACAAAAUAUUGGGUAGUCUGCUUUUUCCCCCUUUUUUGGGUAUUUUUUGUUUUCUUUCAAAAAAAUUAUUGAAUAGAACAUUAGAUCAUUAGGCCUCUAAUUAUUGUAUCUUCAACAUCCAUCCAAUAUUAUCAGGAGAAAGCAAUGGAAUCGAAAUUGCAAGAUCAA